GCUGCUGACUGGGACAUGAUUAAAGUACUGUAAAGCAGGUAAAGCCCAGGAGAGAGGGGGGCGGGGAUAUUACAAAAUAAGGAAGAAGUGCAGCAACUGGAACUUCGGGAUUAAGGACUAAAACAAGAGAAAAAGAUUCUGUUUUAGGAAAAGAAGUCCGUGUGGGAGCAGAUCUACAAAAAACUCCUGGUGUCUCUGGACUGACCAAGUGCAAGAAAACGGGCGCUGAGCUAGGACUCUUAUCGACAGUCAGCGAGCUGUUCCACACUGUCACCUGCAUGCAAAGAUGAAUAAUACCACAACCAGCAUAUUUCCCACUACUGGGCCAAACAACUCAUUUACUAGUAUGAAUCAAACGCUUGGGCCAUCUACACUCUCCAGCCUCAUCAUGUCCUAUACUUCGGAUGCUCAAAAUGCUCCACAAAUGAGGGAUACAAAUAAUUCCUCUGAGGACAAAGACCAAAUAUUCUUGACGACAGCUGCUGCUAAAGGCAUCUCUGGACUGUUUGUUUGGACAGCCCUGUUAUUGACUUGCCACCAGAUUUACCUCCACCUUAGAAAUUACACUAUGCCCAACGAGCAGCGCUACAUCAUCCGGAUCCUGUUUAUUGUACCAAUAUACUCCUUUGACUCAUGGCUGAGCCUGUUACUGAUUGGCAAUGAUCAGUACUAUGUGUAUUUCGACUCUGUAAGAGAUUGCUACGAAGCUUUUGUUAUAUAUAGUUUCCUCAGCCUCUGCUUUGAAUACCUUGGCGGGGAGAGUGCGAUUAUGACAGAGAUCCGAGGGAAGCCGAUAAGAUCCAGCUGUUAUUAUGGCACUUGUUGCCUACAGGGGAUGUCUUAUUCAAUAGGAUUUCUGCGAUUCUGCAAACAGGCAACACUGCAGUUCUGCAUCGUGAAGCCCAUCAUGGCCAUAGUUACGAUUAUUCUGCAGGCAUUUGGAAAAUACCAUGAUGGUGACUUUAAUGUUCAGAGUGGUUACCUGUACAUCACCAUCAUCUACAACAUCUCAGUGAGCCUGGCUCUCUAUGCUCUCUUUCUUUUCUAUUUUGCAACCAAAGAACUUCUGCAACCAUUUGAACCAGUUCUUAAAUUUCUUACUAUCAAGGCUGUCAUUUUUCUAUCCUUCUGGCAAGGGAUGCUUCUGGCUAUAUUGGAGAGAUGUGGUGCAAUUCCGGAAGUGCAGAACAUCAAUAACAACAUGGUGGGCGCUGGCACCGUGGCUGCAGGUUACCAGAACUUUAUCAUCUGCAUCGAGAUGCUGUUUGCAGCCAUUGCCUUGCGCUAUGCCUUCACGUGCCAAGUCUACAGGGAGAAGAAAGAGAACUCCACCGCAAAUGUGGCUCCGAUGCAGAGCAUCUCCAGUGGCCUGAAAGAGACAAUGAGUCCUCAUGACAUUGUCCAAGACGCCAUCCACAACUUCUCCCCCACUUACCAGCAAUAUACGCAACAAUCCAUGCAAGACUCCGAACACAAAGCAAACGGGCAGAACGGGCACCCUGCAGCCAAUCCUAGCAACAACGGGCCCUCAAACAAAAAGAAAAAACAAAAUGAGAAAAUGAUGUUGAUCAUUUCCGAUGAUGAACUCUAGAACACAGCUAUUAUUUUUUAUUCGUGGACUGUCUUUGUUUACCUAGUUUUUUAAAAAAGCAAGUGGACGUUGAGCAGGACCUUCGGAAUAACCCAGGGACGCGUCUCCACUUAGACUGUAAAUAAUGUACAUAGCAGCUGUUGGCAGUAAUUUAUCAUUGCACUCAUUGCUUCAACAAGACGAGUAAUUCAAAUAAAGACAGAGGGACGACAUAAUGAUAUUGACACGUUCUUCAGCCAAAAUCGGACUCUGCCUUGAUAUCAAUAAUUUAUUGCAUUGUGUUUAGUGUUGUCUUUUACUACAUAGAAAUUGUGUUAUUGUUUUUUUACAGUAAUUUCCACUUUUGCCAAAAAAAAUGCAUUUUUGUGAAUGGCAUAUUUUUUGUAUGAUUGGAAUGGAAAUACAAGAACCCUGGCUGGCAAUAAUUGUGUCUGAUCUGCAUGGAAGGUCAAUGUCACCGCUAGAGUCAAAGUGAACAGUUUACAUUAAGAUGCUCCUCACACUUUCUCCAAUAGCAGAUGCAGAAUACUAAUGGGACAAUGCGUCAAAGUCAUUUCAUCUCAACUGGAACAAGCAGCACAGCACAUUACCGAUCAUUGGAGAGAGAUUGCAGAGGAAGCCUCGCACAAAAGAAUGUUUAUCUGGUGGAACGGUUUGGUUCUUAUGGCUCUGUGCAGGGCAGCUUUUUCUUUAAUGCACCUGUAGAAAUCUUAAAAUACAGCAAAUUUGUUUCACUGUU